CUAAACCCGCCGCUUCCUCUCCACCACGCCUGCGCUUCGCGAAUCCUCUCUCUUCCUUCCCCUCGAGGCCCCGACGGGCUCGGGGGGCGCGGGACCGGAUCCUCCAUGGAGAUCUCGCUCGAGGCCUCGUGGGUGGGCGUGCAGCGGCACGGGCAGGACCUGGCGGACCGCCUCGCGCAGGGCUUCUCGGGGCUCCUCCUCCACGCGCACCCGCCGCAGCUGCCCCCGUGGUCGCCGCCGGCGCUGCUGCCGCCCAAGCUCGCCAUCCCCAUCCACUUCGACAUCGACCUCCCCGUCGUCCCCUUCGUCGGCGGGGCGCGCCGCGGGGGCGAGGUCGACCUCCCCGCCGCGGCCGUCUCGUCGCUCGUCGAGAUCGGCGGCCGGCUCGGGCAGGCGGGGUACGAGCUCGGCGCGGCGGUCCAGCAGCUCGCGCGCCAGGUGCCUGUGCCCUUGCCGUUCCGAUCGGAGGGCGCGCGGCGCGGGAAGUGGGAAGCCGCUCGGCCGCUGGCCGCGGUGGCGGCGGACGACGGGGAGGUCGCGCUCGCCGCGGGGACGGUUGGGCACACGACGGCCAUUUCGGAAAGGGUUGCAGAUAUGGGGUCUCUAGAGGUGGCGGCGGCUGCUGCUGCUGCGGCCACUGGAAGUGCCACCUCAGCUAGUGCGAGUGGGGUUGGGGCUGGGGGUGCCGACGGCGACGGGUCGGAUGAGGAGGAAGACGGUUUCGAAUGCGAAAUUGGGACAUUGGAUAACUUGAAGAAGGCCAAGGGAACUGUAAACAUAUCAGCAACUUACAACACCAGGCACCGUGACUUUGAGAGUUCAGUAGUUGCACGAGGAGACCUUUGGAGGUUAGAGGCAUCACGUGGCAGUUUAACUUCUGGAAAUGAUACUUCACCUCUUUACCUUAUUCAACUGGGGCCUUUACUGUUUGUUCGAGACUCUACGCUUCUUUUGCCUGUUCAUCUGUCAAAGCAACACCUUCUUUGGUAUGGUUAUGAUCGCAAGAAUGGAAUGCACUCCUUGUGCCCAGCUAUCUGGUCAAAACAUAAAAAAUGGAUGCUGAUGUCAAUGAUGUGCCUCAACCCUGUAACUUGUUCUUUCAUGGAUGUGCAAUUUCCCAAUGGACAAUUGACAUAUGUUGCUGGUGAGGGAAUUACAGCAAGUGGUUUUUUGCCUUUAUUUGGUGGAUUGCUCCAAGCUCAUGGAAAGUGUCCUGGUGAAACAAGAGUGAGCUUCUCCUUCAAGAGCAAACAAGGCACUAGGUUUACCCCAAUGUUUCAAUGGCCUGACAAUUCCCUUUCAUUUGGAGCUGCACAAGCUGUAGCAUGGAAGAGGUCUGGCCUUGUGGUGAGGCCCAGCAUUCAAGUCAGUGUUUGCCCCACGUUCGGAGGAAGUGAUCCUGGAAUUCGUGCGGAGUUUGUCCACUCAUUGAAGGAAGAACUCAAUGUAAUGUGUGGUUUCUCUUGCUCAAGACAUCCCUCGGCGUUCACAGCUCUUUCUCUUGGACGAUCCAAAUGGAACGGUCAGGUGGGCAGCUCGGGACUGGUAAUCACCUUGGAAACACCCCUUGACAACAUGGCUAGGCCUUCUUUGUCUGUUCAACUGAACGGUGGUUUUGAGUUUUGACGUGUGACUGUAUCCCUGCGAGCCCUCGGUACAUCUGUAUAUAUGUGCUUUCGAGAAGACGAUACCACUGUAUGUCUGUAUAUAUUGCACCAUUUUCCUAGUCAUGUAGCUGUGCUUCAGUAUGUAUCUUCCCAAAGAGAAGUGUAUAUAGUCCUAAAAAUCAGAUUGAAAUAUAAUGUGUGAAUUCAUCUGA